AUGGCACCCUCACAUAAUGUCUUUCUAUUGGCACUGACGCUCUUUACCUCAUUAUCACUCGUUUCUGCGCUCAAGUACGAUCCCGACUAUGUCGACUACAACCUCAACACAAACAAAUUGGCAACAAGUCCUCUAGAUUAUUCUGGAAAUAGGGAUAAGACUAAUCACACAAAGUCUCCAGCAAACUGGAGGUUUCCCUACUACACAAUAUUCUUGGACCGCUUCGUCAAUGGCGAUCCGACCAACGACAAUGCCAACAAUACGUUCUUCGAGCAGGACAUGACAUCGAAUCAAUUGCGUCAUGGCGGCGACCUGCAAGGACUUCUCGACUCGUUGGAUUACAUCCAGGGAAUGGGAGUUAAGGGUAUUUACAUUGCCGGUUCACCAUUCAUCAAUGCGGCAUGGGGCGCCGACGCCUACUCGCCUUUGGACUUGACGUUGCUUGAUAUGCAUUUUGGCGACAUCAAAAUGUGGCAGAAGACCAUCCAGGCGAUACACGACCGGGGCAUGUAUGCCAUAAUUGAUCAAACCAUGGCAACUAUGGGUGAUCUCCUCGGUUUCGAAGGCCAUCUCAACGACAGUACGCCAUUCACGGAGAAGGAGCACAAGGUGGUGUGGAAAUCGUCGCGCCAGUACUUGGAUUUUAGCCCUGGCAACGACUACAACGACACGUGCGAGUACCCCACGUUCUACAACGAGAAUGGUUACCCGGAACCGGCGACGGAGCUGGCGAAUCUCAAGGGCUGCUACAACAGCGACUUUGACCAAUAUGGAGACAUUGAAGCCUUUGGUGUCUUCCCUGACUGGAAACGUCAGCUGGCCAAGUUCGCUUCAGUCCAGGACCGUCUCCGCGAGUGGCAACCUUCAGUCAUGGCCAGGCUCAAGGUCUUUUCCUGCUUGGCAAUCCAAAUGCUGGACUUUGAUGGCUACCGUAUCGACAAGGCCAUGCAGGUGACUCUCGACGCGCAGGCAGAGUGGAGUACUGCCAUGCGUUCCUGUGCGAAGGAUUUGGGCAAGGACAACUUCAUGGUCGUCGGAGAAAUCACCUCUGGUAACGUCCUGGGAUCCGUUUACCUCGGUCGUGGUCGCCAGCCCGACAUGAAGCCCGACUUGACCACCGCGCUCUCGCUCAAGGGUUCGACCGACAAGAAGUACUUUCUCCGUGACCAGGGCAAAAGUGCCCUCGACGGUGGCGCUUUUCACUACUCAGUCUACCGCUAUCUGACCAAAUUCCUUGGUCUCCAGGGUAACCUCCAAGCAGGUUACGAUCUGCCGACUGAUGACUGGGCGACCUUCUGGAAUGAUAUGCUUCAAAGCAACGAUUUCUACAACGCCAAUACUGGUGAAUUUGAUCCCCGUCACCUCUACGGAGUAACCAACCAGGAUGUUUUCCGAUGGCCUGGAAUCAAGCAGGGCACUGAAAGAUGGAACUUGGGUUUCUUCAUCAUCACGAUUUUGCUUCCCGGCGCCCCUCUUGUUUUCUACGGCGAGGAGCAGGAAUUCUACGUCCUCGACAACACUGCCGAAAACUACGUGUUCGGUCGUCAGGCCUUCUCACCGACCCCGGCUUGGAUGCAACACGGCUGCUACAAGCAGGACAACGAGGUGUACGUGGACUGGCCCGCCGAGAAGGCCCGAACCGGUUGCAACGACAUCACUGUCAGCUACGACCACCGUGACCCGUCGGCACCCCUGCGCAACAUGAUGAAGCACAUGUUCCGCCUGCGUGAGAACAUCCCAUCGCUGGAGCACGGCUGGCUCGUCCAAAAGCUCGCCAACCAGACCCGCCACGAGCUGCUCCGUGGUAGCUCAUCACCCAGCGAGUUUGGUAUCUGGGGUAUGGCUAGAGGUCUCAUGACGCCGUUGCAAAAGGCGAACGAGUCGGAGCCGUACGUCUGGCUGGUUUUCCACAACGAGGCCGUCGAGAAGACCUACACUUUUGACUGCAACUCCCAGGCCGACUAUGUGGCAUUCGUCUCGCCCUUCGACAGCGGAUCCGAGGUGGUUAACCUGUUUAACAAGUCCGAUACCCUUACGCUGGAGAAGUCGGCCAAGAAGAAUGGCUUCACGGGCGGUUCUUCGGCCGGUUGCAUCAGCAGCAUCACAAUGAAGCCUUACGAGUUCCGUGCCUACACGGCCACCAAAUUCUUUGUCGAGACGGCACCCAUGAUAACCGCCUUCAAGCCCGGCCCGUCAGACGGCCAAGGACAGCACGACAGCUCGUUUGACUCGACGUAUGCUGAUGGCAGAUUGGAUAUCCGCUUCGAGUUUUCCGUAGAGAUGAAGGACUGCGAUUCUAUCACCAAUGCCAUUACCAUCCUGACGACGACCAAGGACGGAGAAGGAAACAGCACCUCGGCCAGGAUCACUCAAGUCACUUGCGGAGUCAUUGAUAACCCAACCACGAGGGAUCUUGUCGGUUACAUCCCGUCGCAGUGGUACUGGUCUGCCAAGCUCACGUCUCUGGCCGACGGUAUCCACAAGGUAGUCGUCACGAACGCCCCGGCAAAGAGCGGUUCGGCAACCACGGCUGCCCGCGACGUGUUCCUCUUCCGCUUCGGCAAGCCCAACAACCCUGUCGUCUGGCCGCAGCAGGGUAACUACUCCACUAGCCUGCUCACCGGAACCAAGGACGCAAUGACCAUUACCCACUCGGCCCCGGGAGCGACAAAGUGGCGCUACAGCACCAACUGGGGCUCCUCAUGGAGCACAUGGCAAUCCUACACCGGCGAAAACAGCCAGCUCAUUACUCCCAUGACGUGGCAGGGAACCGCCAAGCAGGAGUGGGAUGGCUUGCACGUCAUGGUUCAGUACCACAGCGCACCGCUCGGUACCUCGUCCAUCAUGCAGCACGGUGACCUCAACUGGGGAACCGCCCGCCGUCUGCCGCACGUCUUCCUCCAUGGUCCUUUUAACAAGUGGGGUUACGACGCCGGUGUGCUCAACACCAUGUCUCUAGCUGGUGCUGGUCUCUGGGAAAAACACUUCUUCUACGAGUGGCCCGCCAACUUCCAGUUCAACAUCUGGGGUAUCAAUCCCGACGGCCAACCCGAUGCCACCUUGAUCUAUGGAGACCUCAACGGCGAUGGUGUCGCUGACCGUAUGCCUCCCAGUUCGCUCGCCGACAACGUCGUCAACGUGACCAGCGCACCGCCCUUGCCGUACUGGUCUUGGAAGAUCCAGCUCGACGAUGCCAAUUGGACCAUCAAGCAGGUACCCCAGGGACACAUCGCAGUCCAGAUUAUUCUCAUGUUCCUGCUGGCUACCGGCUCGGUCAUCAUGGCGGCUGUGUCGGGAUGGAUCUACGUGGCAGGUUUCUACAAGGUCAAGGUCAACAAGUCUGGUUUCAGCAAGAAGAAGGGUUUCCCCCUGAAGCUCAACCUGUCUAGCGUCAACCUCAUGUCCUCCAAGGAGAAAGAAAAGAGCAUGGGUAUGGAGAUGGCUACCGUUACUCCCUCCCCCAUGGUAUCCCUCACCCCGGCACCCGGUGGAGCUGCGGCUGCUACUGGCAAGGACGGCAAGCGCCGCAAGGUUCUCAUCGCCACCAUGGAGUACAACAUUGACGACUGGAAGAUCUCCAUCAAGAUUGGUGGUCUUGGUGUCAUGGCCAAGCUCAUGAGCACUGCUCUCCCUCACUGUGAUAUCAUCUGGGUUGUUCCUGUCGUCGGAGACGUCGAUUACCCUGUCGACACGCCCGCCGAGUCCAUGUUUGUCAACAUUAUGGGUUCAUCCUACGAGGUCCAGGUUCAGUACCACUACUACGAGAACAUCACAUAUGUCAUUCUGGACGCCCCCAUCUUCCGCGCCCAGACCAAGGCCGACCCGUACAUUGCUCGCAUGGACGACAUUGAGAGUGGUAUCCUUUACGCCGCCUGGAACAGCUGUAUCGCCGAGUCAAUCCGCCGCUUCAAUCCCGACAUCUACCACAUCAACGACUACCACGGAGCUGCCGCCCCGCUAUACCUCCUUCCUCAGACCAUCCCCGUCUGUCUCUCGCUUCACAACGCCGAGUUCCAGGGUCUCUGGCCCAUGAGAACCCCCGAGGAGAGCAAGGAGGUCUGCGAGGUUUUCGGUCUGGCCCCUGAGAUCGUCACGCAGUACGUCCAGUACGGUGCCGUCUUCAACCUGCUCCACGCCGGUGCCAGCUACCUCCGUCUGCACCAGCGUGGUUUCGGCGCCGUCGGUGUGUCCAAGAAGUACGGUGACCGUUCGUUGGCCCGUUACCCCAUUUUCUGGAGUUUGAAGAACAUCGGUCAGCUUCCCAACCCCGACCCCUCUGACAGGGAUGACUGGGACCCGUCUCAAGAGGCCGAGCAGCAGCAACCCGAGGACAUCGAGAUCGACGAGGAGGCCGAGUCCAAGCGUGGUGACCUCAGGCGGCAGGCUCAAGAGUGGGCUGGCCUCAACGUCGACCCUGACGCGGAUUUGUUCGUGUUUGUCGGUCGUUGGUCGCUGCAAAAGGGUGUCGAUCUGAUUGCCGACAUCUUCCCCAGCGUGCUCGAGAAGUACCCCAAGACCCAACUGAUCGCCAUCGGUCCCGUCAUCGACCUGUACGGUAAAUUCGCUGCACUCAAGCUGGAGAAGCUCAUGCAAAAGUACCCCGGUCGUGUCUUCAGCAAGCCCGAGUUCACUUCUCUGCCCCCUUAUAUCUUCUCCGGUGCCGAAUUCGCCUUGAUCCCCUCGCGUGACGAGCCUUUCGGUCUCGUCGCCGUCGAGUUCGGUAGGAAGGGAGCUCUGGGUGUCGGUGCCAGGGUCGGUGGUCUCGGACAGAUGCCCGGUUUCUGGUACACGGUCGAGUCUACCAGCCCUCAACACUUGCUCUACCAGUUUGAGCACGCCAUCACCUCGGCCCUCAAGUGUAAGACCAAGAAGCGAGCCCAGAUGCGCGCGUGGUCGGCCAAGCAACGUUUCCCCGUCGCCCAGUGGCGCAUGCAGAUCGACUCGCUCUACGACCAGUCCAUCCGUAUCCACAACAAGGAGGCCGCCAGGAAGAAGACGGGACACCGUAGUGCUCUCUUCUCCCUGAGCCCCUCGGCCGCGAGCCCAACUCCCAACACCCGCCUCAUGGGCAGCGCUAGCCCGCUGUCCCCCAUCCCCGGCAGCUCCGCUGGGCCACCAUCACCUGGAGGCGAUGCUUCAAGAACGAGGUCGCUGAUAGGCCCGUCACCGGCAAGCCCUGGCCUCAUGUCUCCCUAUGGCGCCCCUGACGACACCCCCAGGCUCAGCGCCCCUCGCUUCCCCUGGACCGACCUCCCCACCAACAACCGAGACUCUACAAUCUCCGUCAUGACUACAGACAGCACUGGCUUCCGGGCCCAGUCCGAGGGCGCAGAAGGCGAAAUUCUCGGGUUGCCGACGCCGCCACCCAAGAGCUUCUACCAGCAGUCGCGCAACAGCUCUAUGCUGUCGCUCAAGGACGUCGUCGGUGAGCGCCACGACUUCAAGCUGCAAAAGGUAGACCAGAACUUUACAGACAGCAACGAGGAGUUCUACUAUGAGUUCAGCCAAAUGCUGGAUGAGAGCCUGACGGCCAAGAACUCGACCACCGAGAUGUGUAUCGAGACCUUUAUCAAGAAGAGCGAGAAGGAGUGGUUUGCCAGGUAUCGCAACGCCAAGCUGGGUAUCUCACGGGAUGCCAGCAGGUCUCGUCCUGGUUCGCCGAGUGGAAGCCGGCCUCAGUCGAGGGGUGGUGACAGCCGCAACACGAGCGUCGUCAGCCGUGGUAGAGCCCGUCAUCGCAGCGCAUCAAGGAGUGGUCUGCACAUUGUUGACAACUCUGACGAGAGCCAGACCUCCCCUUGGACAGAUGAUGAGUUUUUGCUCGGUGACGGAUACAAGGCGCCGACUGGUCUUAAGAAGUUCCUCUCCCGCCGCAUCGGCGACUGGCCCAUCUACUCCUUGUUCCUCGUUUUCGGCCAAAUCAUCUCCAUCAACUCUUACCAGAUCGUCCUUCUCACUGGCGAGACAUCGCAAGAACCCACCAAGCUCUACACGACAGCAGGAACAUACUGCGGCACCUCGAUCAUAUGGUUCUUCAUGUCGCGCUACUUCAAGAGCGUCUAUACCCUUUCCAUCCCCUGGUUCUUCUUCGGCCUCGCCUUCCUCUGCCUGGGUGUCGCCCCCUACAUCUCCGACUGGAGCGUCAGGGGUCCUCUCCAGGACGCCGCCACCGCCUUUUACGCCGCAGGAGCCAGCCACGGUGCCAUCGCUUUCGCUCUCAACUUUGGUGACGAAGGUGGUGCCCCGACCAGACAAUGGGUCACUCGUGCCUUGGUCGUCACCGGUUUCGCACAGGUCUACUCCCUCGGCCUCUGGUACUGGGGUACUCUGGUGGCCAACGGCUCGUACUCCGUCUCGGGCUUCGUCGGUGCCAGCUCGCUUCCCCGCGCAGUCGUCAUCUGCGUCCCCGUCUGCAUCAUCCUCUGGGCCAUCGGCAUCAUCGUAUACCUUGGCCUCCCCGACUUCUACCGCCAGUCUCCCGACACCAUCCCCGGCUUCUACAUCUCGCUGGCCCGCCGCAAGAUCGUCCCGUGCUUCUUCGCCAUGGUCAUCAUCCAAAACUACUGGCUGUCGGCACCGUACGGCCGCAACUGGGCCUUCCUCUUCUCGUCUCAGUUCAUCCCCGGGUGGGGCGUCGUCCUCCUCGCCAUCUUCUUCCUCCUGGGUUUGUGGUCCGUCAUCCUCUACGCCCUCAGCCGCCUCGCCGACGAGCACACCUGGCUCCUCCCCAUGCUCGCCAUCGGCCUCUGCGCCCCCCGCUGGGCCCAGAUGCUGUGGGGCGUUUCGGGCAUGGGCAUGUACAUCCCCUGGAUCGGCAACCCCAUCGCGGGCGCCAUCAUCUCGCGCUGCCUGUGGCUGUGGCUCGGCCUGCUCGACAACAUCCAGGGUGUGGGUUUCGGCAUGAUGCUGCUCGCCACCCUGACCCGCACUCACGUCCUCGCCGUCCUGAUGGGUGGACAGGUGCUCGGUUCGGCCUUUACCAUGCUCGCCCGUGCCACCAGCCCCAACCGUCUGAUCCCGACCGUCACCUUCCCGGACUUUAGCGAGGGAAUCGGGGCCGGACUGUCGCAGCCCUGGUUCUGGGCCUGCUUGGGAUUCCAGCUUCUUAUUCCGUUGGCGUUCUCCAAGGUGUUCAGGAAGGAGCAAGUUUCAAAGCCAUAAUUCUUUUUAAAAAAAGAAAGGUUUUGGGGAGAGGAAUCGAAGGGGGGUAUAUAUGUAUUCUGGGAGGUUUCUACUAUACGCCGCAAUGUGUUACGAUGGCCAAACAAGGGUUUUUUGUUUUUUUUUUUCUUUUUUUCUUUGAUUUGUUUCUAGGCAUCAUCACUGGUAUAAAAUAGAUCUUGUAAAGUCUUUUUAUUUUGUUUUCAUUUUUUUCAUUUGGGUUGUCUAUAAUAAAAUGUUCG